UCAAUCAUUUGUUAUUGAGCAAAUUAAGAAUCGAAUUUUCUAGAUUUUCUCAAUAAACCCACAAAAAGCGCACAUUUCUAUUCAAAUUGCUACGUACAUUCCAAGGAGUUCAAAAGAAAUUAAAAGUGAGCGUUAAAUAACCACGUGAAACUUAUUUUAAUUCUUAAAGUGACGUUUCCAUCAAAAAAAGGGAACAUAACCUCCAAAAAAACACAUUUAUACAACUAUUUAUUAUAAAUAUGGCUAAAUGGGGCGAAGGAGACCCACGUUGGAUUGUAGAAGAGCGUCCCGAUGCGACUAAUGUAAAUAAUUGGCAUUGGACCGAAAAGAAUGCGAGUGCUUGGUCGCGAGAUCGUUUGAAGGAGUUGUUUAAAAAUGUGGAGAUUCCGAGCGAAUUGGCUCAAUUAGUGGUGACGCAGGUGGAUGAUUGCGAAGGCGAAGCCUCGGCUAAUAACAGAAAAGGAAAAUUAAUAUUCUUUUAUGAAUGGAAUGUUACAUUGAAGUGGUCCGGAACGUUGCAAGAUGGAACGGGAAUGAAACAUUCUGGAAAAGUUACCAUUCCUAAUCUAUCGGAAGAAAAUAAUGUGGAUGAAGUCGAGAUUCAAAUAACAUUAAAUGAUAGCGACGAAGAAGGAGAAAUUUUAAAAGAAAUCAUGCAUAAAGAAGGUAGAAAAAUAAUAAGGGAAAAAUUAACCCAAUACAUCGUUAGUUUAAAAGAAGAAUUUUCAAAAGGAAUGAUUUUACCAAAAAAAGACGAAAAAAUUAAGCCUGAUGGUGUUAAAACAUUAACAAGUGGGUUCAAUAAAAAGAUUAAUAUGGCCCCAAUUGUUUCCAAUUCAAAACAAAUCGGAUUAAAAAUUGAUACGGGUACUAUCAAAAUCACCGAGAAGUUUCAAUGUAAAUCUCAAGACUUUUACGACGCAAUGACCCGUAUAGAAAUGGUCCAAGCAUUUACAAGAGGGCCGGUUAAAUUGGAACCCUCAAAAGGUGGUAAAUUUGAAUUGUUUGGUGGAAAUAUUAAUGGGAUUUUUGAAGAAUUAAUUCCUGGGAAAAAGAUUGUUCAACAAUGGAGAUAUAAGCAGUGGCCUGAUGGGCAUUAUUCAACAGUUACAAUUAAUAUAGAUGAAAAAAGUGAUCAUACGGAAAUUACUGUGGUACAAAUUGGGGUACCUAAAAGUGAAAUGGAAGUGACUAAACAAAAUUGGGAACGUUAUUAUUGGGAUUCAAUGAAAAGAACCUUUGGUUUUGGAGCAUUUUUCACAUCAAUCGAUUAAUUAGUUAAUUCUAAUCUAAUUUUCCAAUUUAAUUUUUUUUCUAAAUUGGUUUAAUUAUUUUUUUAGCGA